UCGCGGGCGAAAAAAUUCAAAAGAGGUAUCUUUGGCCACCAGUCGCCGAGCCAGAGAAGAAGGCACUGUCGCCGAGGUUCGCAGGGAAGCCCGCCCGUUUGUCUCCGGUUUUCGACGCACGCGGAAAGUCGGUCUCCGAAUGCGGUACGGGGGGACGGCGCAGACUACUUUUGCAGAGACGGCUUGGCUCUUGCUGCGAAAAUGUCCUCACAUUCCCAACGAGUUGUGUUCAGGAAACAAAGUGUCUGGAGCCGACGCCUGGCGGGGAAACGGUCCCUUGCUUUGAAUUCUCCUGUCGCAAACCGCGUUGGGAGUGAAUCCUCGGUUCGCUGCACGACUCCUGCCUUCCCGGGAGAAGAAGUAGCUGCGGAACCCAGCGAGACACGAGCGAGCGCAACAUCCUUUUCAGAGUCUCUCCAGGGCCGCAGUCCGGCACACAUGUAUAUACUCGCAGAAAGAGAGAGAGAGGGGUGUGCGUCCGUGUCGAGAGUGUUGCCUCGAACGCCUUUCUCGAUCUCGUCUUGUGUGCUGUCGGUCUCGCGGGCUGUCGGGCUGUCUGUGUAUCUCCCCGUCGCUUGGCUUUGGUCCGCGACGAAACAGUAGGGAGUUCAGGAGACGCGGCGGAACAGUUUUUAUUUCGCGAGGGGUGACGCUUUUUUCUCGCGUCUCGACAUUGCGUGUCUGUUCGCUUUCUCGAAACUCGCCGAGCGCCGCCGGCGGCCGAGUUCGGCCUCUCACACACCACAGCAUGGGGAGGACGUGACGCUCGAGUGUAGCGAUUAGGCACCUGUAGCUGCCCGGUUUUUCUGUGUUUUCUGGGUAUCUGUAGCUGUUGCAUCCUCGAGGGCUUUGCAGAGCUCACCUUUCUGCGUUGUCUCUCUUCCCUUUCCUCGUGUGUCGCCUCGCGCGCCACGUCUCUUGCUGCUGGCGGCUUGUUUCUUCUCUUUUCCGGUGUCUUCCUCCGCGCGCGUCUGUCCAGCUUGCGGUGUGUUGUGUACGAUGUGGCCGCUGAAAACCGGAGAGUCUUUAUUGUCGCGUCCCUACACCGCGUUUCUCCUGCGAGUCUGCGUGGCUCUGCUGUUCGUCGCCCCCCUGGAAAACUGUCCGCGGAGGUCCGACUCCGGCCCGCCCUCGCGGUUCUCGAGGGGGUUGUCUCUCUCGCCGCUGUUUCCCCAAGAUUCUCCCGGGUGCUCGAGUUUGGAGGGCGCCGCAGCCGCCGCGACCCUGGCGACGUCUGGCGACGUUUUCUUCUCUCCGUCCCAAAGUGAGUCUGCCUGCGAUGUUGGCGAUUCGCCGGGGUGUCUGCUCUCUUUGUACGAGCGCGGAAGCGCGACGGCGGCGGGUCUGUCUUUCGACGCGUACGCGCUGCUGAAGGAGGUUGACGUCGGCGCGCUCGCGUCGUUCGUCUCCUUUGCACAGCCAACGUUCGAUCUGCGUGCGGUGCAGGAAGCCCACCUGUCGCCCACGCAGAGACGGCAGCGCCUCGCAGCCACGCUCAGGCGCUUCAUCCGCGAUCGAGUGAAGAAGGCAGACGCGCUGCUUCCCGCAGAACUCUCUUCUCUCUUCGCUGCAAUUCAGGUCUACGACUGGACUUUGAUUGAGGAGGCCGUCGUCCCCCUGCUUCCCCCGCAGCUCCUCGCUGAGCAGCCGUUCGAUGUCGUAGAGGACCUGCUCUACGGAGGAGAGGCGACCGGAGCUUUCGAGGAAGAAGCGAGGGGACAGUUCGAACAGGGGUCGAGGGGAGAUCCAGUUCUCGGAGGCGAGACGCAGCAGAGAGCAGGUGAGGUAAGAAAGCAACAGGGCCGAAGAGACCGUCUGGAGGAGGCGGGGAGAAGCGAGGAACGGUUCGACGAGGCUUCAGUGUCUUGGGAACAGAUCGAGUCGCUCGACCCGUUGGAGGCAAGAACCCAGAGAGACUGGAAGAAAGGAGACACCGGAGAGGGGACAGGGGAAGGGUGUGUCGAACACUCUGCUUGGACGGGAGAAGAAGCUGCUGGAGAUGUCCACUUGGAUGUGACGGAAACGUGAGAAAGAGUUCUGGAGUCUCUGCCUCAGGGGACGAGACAGAAGACACAUAGGUGACAGACGAGGCAGACUCGUGGUGGCACAUCGAAGCGCACAGGAAGGCCGACACUAGGGAGGAAGCGGAGACUUUGAAGUCCAGCAAAGGAGACCGACCACGAGGUAGUGACAGCGGCUGGCUGCGUCGAGGCUCGAGAAGCUGGGGAAAAAACGGUCGCUCGACUUCAGUCAGCCGCUCUGUAUGGGGCCCCCUUCCUCGAGACGAAAGUCUGGACGGGCUUCUGCGGCCUUGUUGGAGCCGGCAGGCGAAGCGAACGCAGCCGCCUUGCUGCAGACAAGGCGAAAAGGAAGUCGAAGGAGCAGGAAACGGCGCGGUCCGCAAGCGACGCAGAGAUGGCGAGUCGCCUCAGGCAACCGUGCACUCUGGGCUUGGAGUCUGACGCGCGAGCAGAUGGCCAACACGGCGGGGAAGAAAUGAGCACGAAGGAGAGGCACCCGAGAGGAGGGCGGAGGGCCGGGGAGCUCAAGCGAAGAAAGAGAGAAAGGGAGCGGCGAGGAAGAAGGGGCAGUCUAUUGCGUGUCGAGUAACGGAGGAACGCCGCCAGGGAGAAUUCCAAAGUGAAAGAUAAAUUUCGAUUCUGAGCACCCCGAUGAAAGACAAGGCGAUGUCUGGCAUCUGGGGGGGAAGGGGGGGGGGAGGACUGAAGAAGGCAGCUGUGGGAUGUCAAUGGAGUCAAAGAAACUCUGUAUCGGGAAAUCAACGCGGGUGUCGACAUAGUGGAGCGAAAAGUCCGUGCAAGCCACGCAAAGUCGCGGAGAGCCGAGAGCUUGAGGAGAAGCCAGUGAUUGGCAAUUCUCAAAGGUCUGAAUUGCACAGACGAAGGGCAGUUUGGGACACAAGGAGCAUGGGCGCCUGCAGCGACCUGUGAGUGAGGAAUUGGGGGGGUGCCUGAGAGGCAGUUGAAACUCGCGGGGAAUGCGAGCACGAAUACCAGGGAUCUCGCACAGUAACAUGGAUCUCACACAAAUACAACAGGGAUCUGUGCACUGCACGUAGAACCCAGCCGAUGUUAAAUAACUUUUAUGUCGCUGGGUGGCGAAAUCCAGCGAAGAUGUCACGCAAACAGUCUUCACUCCAGUCAGAUGAAUACGGCAGUGUUUAUGUAUUCCGACAGACCGCCAGGCUUCUCGCCGGAGUAUAUUUCUUAGAAGCCCAAAGUUCACACGUUCCAUCGGCAUCUAGCCGGUCAUAUGCAGCCGCCGAUAUCUGCUUUUGGAGACGGCGCAGACCUUGGUCAGUGAGGUCACUUGUUUCUCAAGGAAUUGAAGUUGUUUCGUAACGAAUGGGGCGCUGGCCUGUGUGAAGCGGUGACAGUGUGGACCGGGUCCUCGCAGAAAAAAGGACGAGACGUGUCUUAACCGAGGAAGUGCCUCGCGGAGCGGAACGGCAGAGGGAAAGGGACCGUGAAGAAGUUGUAGAAACGCUCCGAAAGGGUACUGAGUGAGAAGCGGAGGAGUGUCCUGAAUGCCCAGGUUGCUCCAGUGCUCAGAGGCACAGGUGUGAGAGUCCUCAGAGGCAAAGAGUUUCUCGAGGACGUCUCUGCCGCUUUUCAACAAAGUAUGUAAAGCCAUGAAAUUUGGUUCAGUGUCCAGUUUUUCAAUUGCCACUUUUUUCUCCGCGGUCGAAUCGACCUUCCCGUUCCGCGGUGCAUCCGUCGCUUGGCAUGAUUUUACAGGGUGGGUAUCGAGGCGAUUGCUUCCGUAAGACCACAGCAGAUUCCUCCGAAGUUGUGUUUUGGACAACGAAAAGAAACUGAAUCCGUUGAGUUUUAUGUUUUUUGCAAGUGUGCACUUUCGACUGCGAGGCACCAGGUGAUGCCUGUACAGUCAUGUGGGAGCUUUCCAGACAAAAAUAUCCACGAGAAAAAGUGCAGUGUCCGUAAAAUGAGAUUUUACAAGAAACAACGAACAGCAACCGUUAAGCGCGUUUUCAGCUCUCCGUGCAGUGACCUGCACCCAGUUACCCCCAUUGCCGAAAAGUACUGCAGCUUGAUCUUCUGCUGGAUGUCUCGAGCCCAAAGAACAGGUCGGAGUAACGGCCCGUUAAAGUAUGUAGAUAUCAUGGCAAACUGUACGUGGAAGAGUUAUGUCCUGUGCAGAAAGCUUUCUGUUUCAGGACACUCGGUUGUAUGUGUGUUUACUCCAUUUGAGUUCUGGAUCGCGGACCGUUGGUACGGAGGAAAUAUCGACUUACGCUGUGGUGAUUAUUGACACGGUCAAGCUACGGUCUGUGUGUUCUUACUCCCGGCAUUGUUCGGACCCGACUCAAAAU